AUGCUAAGCUUAUUUUUAAGUCAUGCAUUUUCAAGUAUUCCACUUCCAUUAGAUGAUACAUAUCAGAAUGGUGUCGCUAAUCCUUCCUUUGAGUAUUUGGUACAAGGCGAUAACAAGGCCGCAAUUUUAUUAAUUUUACCAACGGAAAAGGUACCCGGAAUUAAAGUUCAGAGUAAAAUCUAUGGUGAGACAGAAUACAAGGAUAUGACAUUUAAGAAUGCUACAAGAGGCGAAUCUAAAACAGAAAAAUACACAACCAUCACAGCCUAUCCGAAAACAGAUAAGCCUUUCUAUUUCAAGUUCACCCUUACUUCUACAGAACCAGUUUCAUACACAAUCAGAUAUGUCCACACAGAGCCAGUUUAUAGAGUUUCCGCUGUCUUAGGUACAUUCGCUCUUUUCAUGUGCUUGUUCCUCCUUGUCUUCGGUUGGACAAUCUUCUGUGGUGCUUGCCGUGCCACCCGCAAGCGUUAA